CUUUUUACAGAUUAUUUUUUCUGCACUGUUUCAUAGUCAAUUGUGACACAUCAGGGAGGUGUGGUUAAACUUUAAUUUGUGCAUCAAAAUUGUUAUAAAAGUUGUUUAAAUUUAUUAGGGAAUAUACGUUCUAUCGUUAAGUAAAUUAAAUACUAUAAGCAAUGGCAGGAAGAUUACCGGCAUGUGUUAUUGAUGUGGGCACAGGUUACACAAAGUUGGGCUUUGCCGGAAAUAAAGAACCGCAAUUUAUUAUGCCCUCAGCAAUUGCCAUCAAAGAAACGGCGCGAGUGGGCGAUACCAAUACAAGGAGAGUCACAAAAGGUGUAGAAGAUUUGGAUUUCUUUAUUGGUGAUGAAGCUUUUGAUGCCACUGGUUAUGCUGUGAAGUACCCUGUACGUCAUGGCCUCGUAGAAGAUUGGGAUUUAAUGGAAAGAUUUUUGGAGCAAUGUAUAUUUAAAUAUUUACGUGCAGAACCUGAGGAUCAUCAUUUUCUAUUAACUGAACCUCCAUUGAAUACGCCAGAGAAUCGAGAAUACACAGCAGAGAUUAUGUUUGAAACUUUCAAUGUUCCUGGUCUAUACAUUGCUGUCCAAGCUGUUUUGGCUUUAGCUGCAAGUUGGGUAUCCAGAUCUGUGGAGGAACGUACACUAACAGGAAUUGUCAUAGACAGUGGUGAUGGUGUUACUCACGUUAUACCUGUGGCUGAAGGGUAUGUCAUUGGCUCCUGCAUAAAACAUAUACCAAUUGCUGGACGCAAUAUAACAUCUUUUAUACAAAGUUUGUUGCGUGAGCGUGAGGUUGGUAUACCGCCUGAGCAAAGCUUAGAAACUGCCAAAGCAAUCAAAGAGAAGCAUUGCUACAUAUGUCCGGAUAUAGCCAAAGAGUUCGCCAAAUACGAUACUGAGCCAGGCAAGUGGAUACGGAAUUACACUGGCAUCAAUGCAGUUACAAAAUCACCAUUCAGUGUUGAUGUUGGCUAUGAGCGAUUUUUAGGACCUGAAAUUUUCUUCCAUCCGGAAUUUUCAAACCCGGAUUUUACCAUUCCAAUUUCUGAAAUUGUUGAUAAUGUUAUACAAAAUUGUCCAAUCGACGUCAGGCGUCCUUUAUACAACAAUAUUGUUUUGAGUGGCGGUUCUACAAUGUUCAAAGAUUUUGGACGUCGCUUGCAGAGAGAUAUAAAGAGAUCAGUAGACACACGUCUACGGAUAAGUGAAAAUCUUUCGGAAGGAAGAAUUAAGCCAAAACCUAUUGAUGUACAAGUUAUUUCGCAUCACAUGCAAAGAUAUGCUGUGUGGUUCGGUGGCAGCAUGUUAGCUUCAACGCCGGAAUUCUAUCAAGUAUGUCAUACAAAAGCAGCGUAUGAGGAAUAUGGCCCUGGAAUUUGCCGUCACAAUCCGGUCUUCGGUACCAUGACAUAAUCAAUUUCUAUUUAUUUGCCUCAACUGGUUUUUACAAAAACAAAAAAAUUCUAUAUAUAAAAUAUGUGCGAUCAAGUGUGAAUUAGAGUUACUAUAGAAAAACAAAAACGAAUGCUUAACCAUAGUCAAGGAAUUGUGUCUAUAUAAGUUUCAUGCAAUUACUACACUGAUCGAAACUCUUCUACACAAAGUAUUUCGUCAAACGUGCUUAUAUAUAAACGUUCAUCAAGUCUUUCCUCUUGUAUUAAUGCAUUUAAGUUAUUAAGUUUUUCCUUUAUAUUAAUAUUUUAUAUUUUAUGUGUAUUGUGUGUAAUAAUCAUAUAUUUUCUAGUACAACAAAUAUCUUUUGCGAUUGUUAAAUUUUACAUAAAUAUAUUUUAUUUCAUUUGCUAACUUUAA